AUGAAGCGCGUCCAGCCUGCAACAGGCAGAAAAUGCGAUGGCUAUGUAACACCGCCGACGGGAACGUAUUCAUGGCCUCAGCUGCUCCACGUACGUCCGCCGCCGACCCAGACGGCACCGGAUACCGAGCUUCGGGGUCUGGCCUUCUUCCGCAGCGACGUUGCUCCCGCUUUGGCGGGGCUUCUUGAUAGUUACUUCUGGACGCACCUUGUUCCCCAGAUCUCUCAUCAAGAGCCCGCCGCGAAACAUGCUGCAUUGGCCAUCAGCUCACUUUACGAAAAGUUCAAUGAGGGCAUGGAUCUGUCUAGCGAGAAUGAUGCCUUUGCAGUCGCCCACUACAACAAAGCCAUCAAACAUCUAAGGACUACGAGUAAUCAGGAGACGGUGCUUUUCGUGUGCAUUCUCUUCGUUUGCAUUGAUAUGCUUCGCGGUCAGUGCCAAGGGGCCAUUGAUCACUGCCGACACGGCAUCAACAUCCUCAAUGGCGUCAAAUUAAAGUCGACUUUCACAAAAAAUUACCUGGAACCAGCAUUCUGCCGCCUUGGUGUUUUCCCUUUCUUUUUUGGGGUCAGUCCAGAAACCUUCCCAGCCAUUGCGACGCCGUGCCCUGCCCCGAACCCGCCAUUCUGUAGUCUGCUGGAAGUUCAGGCAGCGCUGGACCCGUUAAUCGUACGGACCAUCCGCUUCAUCCGAACGGCGGAUGAGUACAGGCUUGGGGACGAGAACUCUCCUGAACCGGACGCAUCUGCACUGCAAGAGCGAAACGAUAUUGACGCCGCACUCGACGCCUGGUUAACUGGUUUCCAAGUAUUCAAGAAGAGAAAGACGACUCAGAAAUGCAAGUUUGGUGCCAUGCGAGAAGCUAUCGUCGAGCGCCUGCAUGAAUCAAAAUACCUUCUCGGCAAAAUAUGGAUCGACACAUGCUUCUCUCGCGGAGAGACAGUGUAUGACCUACAUAUGGAGAAGUUCCGCGACAUCUUAGAACUUGCGGGACAGGCUGAAGCCAUAUUGCGAUCAAUGUGGAACAAGUAUCCUCGCGCCAAGUUCACGUUUGAGAUGGGCUUCACCCCCCUACUGGCGUUCAUUCUCAUCAAAUGCCGCUCACUGAGUCUGCGGGCGAAAGCAAUGCAAUUGAUGAAGGCGCUCGCCCAUGGAAAGGAAAAUCUGUGGGAGCUUCGUACUGUCACGGCUUUCGUUGGCCAGAUGAUCAAGUUCGAGCACGGCUUGCAAUUUGAUCUGGAUGGGGAUACCGCGGAUGUAAUUGACGACGGAACGCUGCCUCCAGAGGAGCGGCGUAUCAAGGACUCCGCGGUCCAACAUGAGACACGCGUAAUAACUGGUAGCGAUGGCGUAGUUACGGUGUGGAAGAAGGUCGCUCUCCUACUGAGAGAACCAGAAGGGCCUGUCACGGUCAGAGAAGAAUGGUUUUCGGUGCAAUUGAGGCGCAAGCCCUGA